AUGAGUUCUUGGUGGUCAUUUGGAGGGGGAUCGACAACAAAGAAGGAACCCGCUGUAGCAACUCAAGCAGUACCCUCACAGCAGUCUUUUAAAGCAAUGAGCAAUGCAUUUCGAAAAGGCGUUCAAUACAACAUGAAAAUCGUAUUGAGAGGCGAUGUCAUGACAGGCAAAAGCAAUCUUUUUCAUCGUCUUCAAGGAUCUGAAUUCAACGAAGAAUACACAUCGACACCGCAGAUCCAAGUAGCCAAUAUACCUUGGCACUACAAAGACUCGAAUGAUAUAGUAAAGAUCGAAGUGUGGGAUGUAGUGGAUAAGGCGCACAAUAAGAACAAGUCUGAAAGCAGCAAGGGCAUCAAACUGGAACACAGGCCUAGCGACACAAAGGGCGACACAGCUGCAACAUCGAAUCCACAAUCACCUCAACAGCAACAACAAGAAGAUCAAGAUGUAUCCAUGGGAUUAGACGCUUCCACAGUCAAUGUGUAUCGCAACACACAUGGAGCCAUCUUGAUGUUUGAUACCACCAAGCCAUGGACCUUUGAUUACGUCAAUCAAGAGCUGAAAAAUGUGCCUGAAAGCAUGGCAGUGCUUGUACUGGGCAAUUUUUGCGACAAGACACAAGAGAGAAAAGUGGAAAUGGAUACCAUUCACGCCACUUUGUAUGAACAUAAUCAAGAAAGGAUCAAAAACGGAGCGAUCAAGCCCAAUUUAAUACGAUACGCCGAGACAAGCAUGCAAUCAGGGCUAGGACUAAAGUAUAUCUACGAAUAUCUAGGCGUGCCCUUUUUGCAACUGAUGAUUGAGUCCCUGAAUAAACAAUUGGAACUGAAAGCAGUGGAAAUUGUGGAUUUGCUGGAAACUUUGGAUACAGAUGCUGAUGUGCCUACAGGCAUGCAGAGAAGACGAGGACAAGAUAAUUUUGAUCAACCUUCCGAGCCAAGAUUAGCAAGACAGCAGGAAGAAAUGAAAUCAGCUUGGGAUCAAGAGCUUGAAGAUAUCGCAUCAGAUCAUCCGAGCAUGCUAGAUCAGUUCCCUCGUCGUCAAGAAACACCACCUGUACCUACUGCUCCUGUCAAAUCUAAAAAGAAAAUGGACGUGAAGCUUGUGCCUGAGCAGGUACCCGCAGUCGUUGAUUUCAGUGUAGGCGAUGAACUAAACGAUGAUUGGUUUGGUGAAGAUGUCAGCAAUGCCAACAUCAAUUUGCCUCAACCUGACAGACAAGACUCAGAUGAUGAAGGACCUGGCAACCCAAUGGUGUUGGGUGACGAAGACGUAGAGCCUAUCUUUUAUAACAAACCAUCCAUCACACAUGAACAGCGCAUUGUUGUACAAGCAGAGCAUGAGCCAGAACAUCCACAGGAGCAAGUGCACAGCAGGCAAGGGGAAGAGGAGAAGCAGGAAUACGAGGAAGAAUAUCAGCCCGUUUUCAAAAGUGAACUAAAUGAUGUGUGGAGUUGCAGCUUACGACGCUUAUCCGGACCUGAAGUAAUAUCUGAUAGUGAAGAUGAGGAUAACAGGAUGCGUCAAACGGAUUCGCCAUUUGCACCAGAGAGUCCAUUUAUGGAAUCACCUACAUUCCAGAGCGGAUUUGCUGGUGGUUAUGAAGAGAUUGGCGGAUCAAAUGAAAAUCCAUGGUCGAUAGGACAAUCCAAACUCACUUUGGAUGAGAAACCUCGUAUUCAGCAUGAAUGGCAUCACGAGACAACUGAACAUGAAGGAGAGCAAGGAGAGACGAUUGAACCAGAUACCACUAUUGUUGAUCAGCCAACAGUAGAGAAAUCAAAAAAGAAGGAAUCCUCGGGUAAAAAGAAGAAAUCAUCUACUUCCUCCUCUAGCAAAAAGAAGAGCAGUAGUAGUAAAAAGAAGAAACCUCAAUAA